CCUCUGGACGCGUUCGCCUUAUGAAGUUUACCCCUGCCCUUACUACGUAACUGAAGCAAUUAAAUCAGACAUAUUAUAGAUUAUAUACAUCUAUAAUCCAACAACAGGAUCGAUGGAAAACUCCAUCCACAACCAAGAAAUGUCAACAAACAUCGGUUACUCGCUAGACGAUCAGCAGAAACAAUUCUACGUAUUCGAGGAAGGCCGGUACUUUCCCAAGCUGGACUCUGCGAACCCGAAUGCCCAAGUUCUACUCAGGGACGGCGGCGACCUGUUCAUGGAGCAUGACUCGAAGUAUCAUCCUGUCAAACUCGAGGACUUCGACACUAACUCAUUCGGUCGUGUGCAAGGAGAAGGCGCACCUAUAGAGCAAUCGAAAUAUCGCGACCAGCAGCAGCAACUAUAUCAUGGGGGAACCACGGGAUCCGACCGCCCGGUAGCCAGCGUUUUGCAAUCGUUGCCUCUUCACCAGCAACAGCAGCAGCAGCAACAGCACCAACUUACCACAACGAAAGUAUCUUCGCUCAGCAUGCUUAAGUCUCCUAUCGAUUCUUACCUCACUCCUGUGGGGUCAGCCCUCCCGGACAGUUUCUCAAAACCCCUGGUGUCUGCAGGACGAGGCAGGGACGGGUCAAAUAGUCGCACAUCGAGCCAGGAAACAGAGGGUACACCAUCCUCAGCAAUGUUAAACCUUUCAAUUGCGCCAUCUGGACAAAGCGAGGGGCCUUUUCAGAUUGCUGCGACCAUGCAGCAACAUCAAAAGGCAAAAAGUCAGUCAAUACUCAGUCCUCAACAGCAACAGUUUCAGCAACAGCCACCACUACUGUCUACAAAUGCCAGUACCCCAUCCCCUUCUUCUUCUUCUUCCACUCUUGGCACGACCUCGUCAGGGUCGACCGAUACCAUUAGCGAAUUGCCCGAGGAUGUGGUGAUCCGGAGGGCAGAGCAGAACCGCGCAGCACAACGGGCGUUCCGGCAACGGAAGCAGAAGUAUAUCAAAUGGCUCGAGAGCAAGGCCGAGGAACUGGACGAGGUCUACAGGAUCAUGGCUUUGGUUCGAGCCGAGAACCAGCAGCUCUGUAAUCUGGUGGUGGAACUGGAUGAGAAGCUGAACGGAUCCAAAAGUAUGGCUGCUGCAGGCACCCACGAAAAUUCCAACGGACCCCUUCAAGACACAAUAUCAGUAGGAGGAGCAGUGACGACACCACUGACCAGACUGCCGGACUCGGCAGUGAUGGCUCUGACGGGGGAAAAUCUCGGUGCACAUGGGCCGAAGUCCAGGGGCAUUCAUGGAACCGACGUGGCGCUUAGUAAAGAGAUUUCGAUGCGACUGAUGAACCUAGCUACGUUCCCAGGCCUGAAUGGGGAACGCGAUACGGCCAUGAUGAAUAAGAUUAAGUAUCACCCGCGAUCAUCCAUAUAUAGCAAGGGCAGUAGUGUUAAAGGCAAAAUGGCCUUCAAGAUGAGUCAACAGACGAAGCAGCAGGGUGCACUCUUGCAGGCAGCUCUCCAGCCUGGAAAGUUAACCCAAGAGCAUCAGCAACAACCAAAUCAACAGCAACAGCAACAGCAACAGCAGCAGUCGCUUAUAGAAUUGAAUGGACAAGUUAGUAGAGCUCAGCAGAACGGACUAUCAUGGAUGAACUACUCCUCUGACGCCUCUACAACGCCCCCAGCAGCAUUUUGCCCUCCCACAUCUUUAUCGCCCCCUCACUUGACCACCAAUGGAUCACUUUUAAUCUCUCCUCAGCAAAGCUCGGCCUACAUCUCGCCUCAGCCUUUAGGUGUCACACCAUCUGCCCCGCAACAGCAACAACAACAACAACAAGGACAACAUCAGCAGCUGCUGCAGCAGCAGCGGCCUCACCACUCUUUAACGAACCCUGCAAGCAGCUUUAUUGGCAUCCAGCCAAACUACAGCGGGAUUCCAUUGCUCAACCCCACGGCGGGAUCACAGACAGCCCCGCUGGGAAUGCAGCUCGACGCUGAUCUUGCAUCCCAGCAAAGGAGCGGCACACGGUUCCACCAACACCCUAAUUUUACUGUUACGCAACAACAUCAACAACAUCAUCUCAGUUCGCACUCUUCGUCUUCCGCACCCUCUCCAGUCCAAAACGUGGCCCAGGUCCAUGCACAUGGCCGGAUAAACCCUCUCCAGCAUCAAUUGCAUCACUAUCCUUAUGCCAACUUAUAUCAUCAACAACAGCCUAUGCAGCAGCAACAACAACAACAGCAGCAACAGCAGCAGCAGCAACAACAACAACAACAACAACAACAACAACAACAACAACAACAGCAGCAGCAGCAGCAGCAGCAGCAGCAAUUACAAUUUUACAACCAGCUUCCUCAGAGCCCAUUCUCAAUAGCAACACAACUGCAGCAGGAAGCUGGACAGCUCUCCUGGCUGGAAGAUGACGCGUCGGGAGCGGGUCGCGGUAGACGAUCCUCGAUGCCGACGUUACACCUGUCUAUGCCUUUGCAUGGGAACACUCCCAACGAUGAUCACAGCAGUAGUAUUAGCAAUAUCAGCAUUAGAGAUGAGGGCCCUAGGAACACUAGUGGCACUCAUAUCAUUAGUCACAAUACCCAUGGUAGUAAUAGCAGUAGUAUCAAUGGCGGCGGUAGUGUCAGCGGUAAUGAUAAUGGUCGCAGUAGUAUUACUAGCACGGACGAGUGUAAUAGUAGUAGCCAGAGCGCUCCCAUGAUGGGCGUGGCUCGAUAACGGAUGGGGUGGGGGUUGUCGCAGCAGCGGCAGCAGAGCCAGCGGCAGUAGAGCGACUGGAUAGGAAAACAACAACAACGACAAAAUAAAAAAAAAGAGUCCAGGACCCGACGCCGAGAAACAAAUAAUAAUAACAAUAAAAAAAAAAAACUAGAG